CCUCUCUCCUCACUCCUGUGCUCUCUCUCUCUCAGUCAAGCCUGCUCUCUGAGCACUUAUAUGGAAUAGCUGCAUUUUUCCCUCCCUGGUGAGACUGGAGGAGACUGAAAACAAGGUGACGGGACGAGAUCCAGGGUUCUGUGUCUGAGUGGAUCUGCCUUCUCCUUCAUCUGGGACCGGCGCUGAAGGGAAGCUCCUGGAAGGCAGCAGCGAGUGGUUGCGGUUCCUAGGUGGUGCAGCUAUGGGCAGACCGGAGGGGUCGGCCGGGCCACCUCUGGUGUCAGCUAUGCUUUUUUCCCUCCUGGCUCCCUGGCUCCUCUUCAGCGGGGUCUCCAGCCUCCCUCAACCUGUGCCAAGAGUCUUCCUUUCCUUUGAAGACCUGCAGGCCUCCGAGUCCUUUGAACACUACAGCAUAUCUGACAAGGCCAUGGACUACAGGAUUCUGCACAUGGACGAGGACCAGGACAGGAUGUAUGUGGGCUGCAAGGACCACAUUCUGUCCAUGGACUUCAAUAACAUCACUUAUGGCACACUUAAGUUGCUUUGGCCUGCUUCUACAAGCAAGAUAGAAGAAUGUCAGAUGGCAGGCAAGGACCCAACACACGGCUGCGGGAACUUCAUCCGGGUGGUGCAGCCGUACAAUCGGACUCAUCUGUUCAUGUGUGGCAGCGGAGCGUACAGCCCGGUCUGUGUGUACAUCAACAGAGGCCGCAGACCAGAGGAACAAGUAUUUCACGUUGACUCGAGGAGUGAAUCCGGGAAAGGAAGAUGCUCCUUCAAUCCUCAAGUGAACACAGUCUCCGUCAUGAUCAACCAGGAGCUGUUCUCCGGCAUGUACAUCGAUUUCAUGGGGACAGACGCCGCCAUCUUCAGGAGCCUGACCAGGAGAAACGCCGUUCGGACGGAUCAGCACAACUCCAAGUGGCUCAGCGAGCCAACUUUCAUCGACGCUCACCUGAUACCAGACGGAACGGACCCAAACGACGCCAAACUGUACUUCUUCUUCCGCGAGAGGUUGACGGACAACAGUGGGAACACUAAAAAUAUCCACACCAUGGUCGCCCGGGUCUGUCCAAAUGACAUCGGAGGGCAGCGCAGCCUGGUGAACAAGUGGACCACCUUCCUCAAGGCCAGGAUGGUGUGUUCGGUGCUGGAGGACGAUGGGACGGAGACUCACUUCGAUGAACUCGAGAGUGUAUUUUUGCUGGAAAGCGAUCAACCCAAGGGCUUGUUGGUGUUCGGAGUCUUCACGUCCACAAGCUCCGUGUUUAAAGGCUCUGCAGUGUGUGUGUACAACAUGGCAGACAUCCUCACCGUCUUCAACGGGCCCUUCGCUCACAGAGAGGGACCCAACUUCCAGUGGGUGCCGUUCCAGGGACGCAUUCCCUACCCACGGCCAGGAACUUGUCCUGGAGGAGCCUUCACCCCCGACAUCCACACGACAAAGGAGUUCCCAGACGAGGUGGUGAACUUUGUCCGGAACCACCCGGUCAUGUUCAACCCCAUCUACCCGGUGGGGAGGAGACCCCUGGUGGUCCGCACCAACGCUGACUACAGAUACACAUCCGUGGCCGUGGACCAGGUCAUCGCUGCCGAUGGGAACUACCAAGUCCUCUUCCUGGGAACAGACAAAGGUACAAUACAGAAGGUGAUUGUGCUGCCAAGCAAUCAGUCCCUGCACGAAGAUCUGAUCCUGGAGGAGCUGGAAGUGUUUAAGGAACAAACCCCUGUUACAAACUUGAGAAUAUCCCCCAAAAAACAACAGCUGUACGUCAGCUCGGAGGUCGGGGUCUCGCAGGUCUCGCUGCAUCGUUGCCACGCCUACGGCUCGGCCUGCGCCGACUGCUGCCUCGCCAGAGACCCCUACUGCGCCUGGGACGGACUGAGCUGCUCCCGCUUCUAUCCCACCGGGAAAAGGAGAAGCAGGAGGCAGGAUAUUAUGCAUGGAAAUCCACUCACUCAGUGUAAGGGAUUCAAUUUAAAAGCCUACAGGAACGCCGUGGAGAUGAUGCAGUACGGCGUGAAAAACAACACCACCUUCCUAGAGUGUCUUCCGAAGCCUCCCCAGGCGUCUAUUCGCUGGCUCAUCCAGAGGGACAACGACAGGAGGAAAGAGGUGAAGCUGAGUGACCGUGUCCUCUCCACCGAACACGGGCUCCUCCUCCGCUCCGUCCAGCUGUCCGAUCAGGGCCUUUACUACUGCCUGACCACCGAGAACGGCUUCAAACGCACCGUGGCCAAAAUCCGCCUGCGUGUGCUGAACGAGGCCAUGGUGAGCGUGCUGACGGACAAGCAGCAGUCGCCCUGGGCUCUGGCCACCUCUCUGUACCCCAAGGAGCUCCUGGCAGCCUUCAGUCCGGCAGAGAGCCUGGCCGUGCAGCAGUACUGCAAGGAGAGGAAGGAGUUCAAGCUCCUGCAGCAGAAGCAGCAGCAGCAGCAGCCCCAGUCCCCGGGACCCCUCAGGGGGGACCUGGCCAAGCUCAAGCCCCUGCUGGACCGCAGGAAGAGCCGCAACAGACGGAACCACCUCCCCGAGGUCUGACGCCGGGGGUCGGAGGCUGCAGAAAACUGACACGCUCUCUUCUCAUCCGAACGUCCUCGUAACCAGUUACAGAUGCUUGUUUUCCUGCUCUCAUCUCACCUGCAGAGCUGCACCGUGGAUGUAAAUUAAAACCAGGAGGUGGGCGCGGGGAGUUAUUUAGCAAUAUCUCUUUUUCUUGCAUGAGGUAUACUGUGAAAGACAGCUGUGACAUUUCACUAAGACACGGGCAACUACGAACACGAACCUCUUAUUCGCUGUGACAGUCAGAAUGCAGAGCGAAGCGGACAUGUCCUGACUGCCACCAAUAAACCUGUCUCAGCAGAUAAUGCACGUGAUAAAACACUUUGACAUGCGUCUGUCUUAUCAUAUUUCAAAUCAUGUCUAGAGUGGAAUCUGAACCAGCAGGAAGUUAGCCCUUUUCCUUUUUUUUUUGAAUAAAGGGAAGGUCCUGUGAAUUUGAGGGACAAAAGGGACAAAAAGGACAACCAGUGAGUCCUGCAGCUCAUUAGAAAAGAAAGAUACUCGUGUGCUUUUUAGAUUUCUGCUCUCAUUUGAAUGUGUAAUGUUUGGCUAAAUAUAGCGGUCUGUGUUCCAGGAAAACGAAGCCUUUAUGGGCUCAUGAUGUUAACGUUCUGUCUGCGGUAGCGUCAAACAAAACUAUGCAUCCGCUCUCACGCUAUCUGAAUAGAAACCACGAUGGCCCUGAGGUGAAAGGCAAAAGUCAAUAAAACAAAAAACAAGCAGAACUUCACAAAACAAAUCAAACAAGGAAAAGUCCAGCUCAAGUCCAAUAGUUCAGGUCCAGCUGAUUGCACCGUUGAACAUGAAACAGGGUCUAGUGGAUGCUGAUAUGUUUAUUUUGCUGAUGGUAGGCGCUAACAACAAUGCAACAGUAUUUAAGAGGUCAGGUGACUUUUCUUGCAUCAUAACUCAGCCAAACAACAGUGCAUUCAUCUGGUAUGUCACAUAAGAAAAACGAAAUUUUAAACAGAAACAGAAUCACAUGUUGCUUUGUUUAAAAAUGUCACAUUUUAUUGCAAAUGUUAUGUUUUUCUAGUUUUACGUUUUUAAUCAUUUCAUGUCUUUAGGGUUUGUUUUCGUGUCGUGAGAAUGUUUUUGUGUCUACUAUGAAGCAGGUUCUACAGAUCCAGUUGUGGUUUAACCACCUUAACUGACCCCGGCAACGGCGAAUGUGCUCAAUAGUCACAACGGCAGUUACAAAGCCAGGAUUUCUGUCUGAGCUCAUACGAAAAUAAAGCCAAAACUUGCAACAGCUAACCAAUCGCAAUGACAAAGGCAACAUAAGUAAAGCAAGUAAGAGAGCUAAAAAUGGGGAAAAAGAAGAAUUUGGAGUGUAUUAUACACUUAAGACACACAUUUUGUGAUAUAAUGCCAAAGGAAUCUUUUACAAUAAUAAAAAGACUAUAGUCAACAGCAACAACCUUUUU